AUGCUGAUGGUUCUGGUUCUGGUGCUGUUCGUUGGUUUUGCGUCUGCCCAGGAAUAUUCCUUUUAUGAGGUGGAAGAAGGAGAAGACUUCGAUGUUUGGCUCAGCUCCACAGAAAUAGACUCGUCUGAUCUGCAAAUGAGCUGCGUUCUUCUGACACCGUCGACAAAGAAUGUUCUGCAGGUGAUUGGGGGAGAGGAGCUCACAGGGGACCAGGACUCACAGUUUGAGGGCAGAGUGGAGUACAAGAGAACUGCUCUGAAACAGGGGCAGAUCGGGCUCCUCUUCAGGGGCCUCACUCCCACAGACUCGGGGAAGUAUAACUGUGAGGUGGCAGCUAUCUCAGGGCAAUGGAUUACGUUGAUUUAUACUGGUGAGUGA